CUCCAGCCCCUCGGCCUGCCCCGCCCUCGCCGCUCGCUCUUCACCGUUGGCGUUCUGCGCCCCCGCGUCCCCGCUAGGCCCCCGGGCCGGCUUCUGCGGUCGCCAUGACGGCGGCCGUGUUCUUCGGCUGCGCCUUCGUUGCCUUCGGGCCUGCGCUCGCCCUCUACAUCUUCACCAUCGCCACCGAGCCGUUGCGCAUCAUCUUCCUCAUCAUCGGAAAAUCCAGUGAGGGUUUGAAGAGUAUAAACCCAGGUGAGAAAGCACCCUCUAUGCGAUUGCUGGCUUAUGUUUCUGGCUUGGGCUUCGGAAUCAUGAGUGGAGUAUUUUCCUUUGUAAAUACCCUGUCUGACUCCUUGGGACCGGGCACGGUGGGCAUUCAUGGAGACCCUCCCCAGUUCUUCCUGAAUUCAGCUUUCAUGACGCUGGUGAUCAUAUUGCUGCACAUGUUCUGGGGCAUUGUGUUUUUUGAUGGCUGUGAGAAGAAAAAGUGGUACACCCUGCUUGCAGUGCUUCUGACGCAUCUGCUGGUGUCAGCCCUGACCUUCAUAAGUCCUUAUUCUGGAUUAAAUCUGGUGUUGGCAUACAUCAUCCUGGUGCUCACGGGCAUCUGGGCCUUCUUUGUUUCUGGAGGCAGCUGCCGAAGCCUGAAACUCUGCCUGCUUUGCCAAGACAAGGACUCCCUCCUCUUCAACCAGCGCUCCAGAUAACCUCCAAGGACCAGCGCUUCUCAAACAGUAAGCUGCCUCUUUAGAGGAAGCGCAACGGUGCCUUUUUCUAAAAAUCCCGUUUCCUGGUGGAAUUAGAAAAAACCAAACUAUCUAGAUACAGCAUGGCUUUCAUGCAACAGCUUUCUGAAAGGGAUUCAUCAGUGGUGUGCAGCCAGGCUGCACAUUAGAAAGAACUACCUGGGGAAGCAUAAAGAAUACUGAUUUCUGGACUCCACCCUCCAGAUUUAAUUGGUCUGGGCAUUUGGUGAUUUUUUAAAGUUUCCCAGAUGACUCCGAUGUGCAGCCAGGUUGAGAACCAUCGGUGUCCAAACAGGAACUUCCUGAGAACACCGUAAGUGAAUAAGAAUCAGAUGUUUAGCUGUCUCUUAACUCAGCCUGCAUUGGGCAAGUAAGCAUCUGAAGAUCAAAUCCUGGUUAGCCUUUGUCUUUUCAAGUUUUGAAGUCACAGAAGGCUAAAGGGCUAUCAUCUCCGUGAACUGUUUUCACGUCCUUCACUGGUACCCUGUUUUAUGAGAACAUGGUAGGCCGUGCUUCUAACUAUAAUAAUACAUUGCACUGACUAACUAUGAUCAUUUAACCAAAGUAAGCUAUUGAUUAAUAGACUGUAUUUUCCUCUAGUUUUUUCAUUCUCGAUUUUGCUUGUUUGAAGCAUUACAUUACAUUUUUGAGCAUAGAUUAUGUUUCUUUAACUAAAAACCAAUUAUUUUCCAACUUCCUAGGAAGAUGAUAUAAAACCAAGAAUUUUUGUGCAACUUCUGUAAGUCUUCCCUGAGCUCAAGGCUUUCCAUGGGCUCUGCCCCAAGGCAGUGUUUACCAGCUGAGCAUUUGCUGCCGGACUAGUUGAGUUGAAGCCCAUGUUCUGUCUCUGAGCAGCUCUGCAAGUUGCUGAGUGAUGUACCCUGGAACAGGCUUCCCUGGAGCUGGCAGAAGUUUACGAAAAGCAGGAGGAAAACAAACCAGUAGGGUGGUGUUGACACUUAUAAUUUGCUCCUGUGAUAUUAACUAGUACUUCUCCCCAAAUGGUGUAGUGAAAAAUUGGAAAUAUGACUUAAACUGCCAAAUUCCCGCUUUUAACAUAGCCCUUAUAAUCUUUAGAUCUUGUAAAUGUUUCUGGGUUUUGCUGACAGAUACAGCAUUCCCUUUAUAAGAAUAUCUAAGAUGUUUGUUCAGCUUCCAAACAACGCUUUUGGUUUCCUUUGUAAAGAGUAAUUGUUCCCAGUUGAUGGCUUUUAGGAAGCUGAUGGUGUGAAAUGUAAAUUCCCUACACAUUUAAGUGAGAAGCUCAGUGAAUCCCGUAUGUGCAGUAGAACAGCCAAAAGAAAUAGAAGCAGCAAAUGAGAGGGCUCACCAGUGAUGUGACCGAUGGGAGAAUUUGACAAUACUGUGGUGGGGAAGAAUAACAAACAUGUUUAAAAUGGAAACGCAGCCAGUAUUUUGGGUUAGCCACACAUCAUUCCAGGGACCAGAACCUUUCACGUGAACUAGACCUUUAUCAGAGAAAUCCCCUCUCAUGUUUAAAUUAUUUGAAUUUUUCAAUCUAGGGAUUCAGGAGCAAUAGGGUUUCUCGCAAGGCUGUAAACAGUCCCAUAAGCAAUUAUAGUUAUUCCUCUAAAGCUUACUUCACCACUAAUACCAAUGUUUUUGCUGGGGUUUACAAUUUUCCACCUUUUUACAAGAUUUUCUUUAAACUAGGUGAGUCAUAGAAGAGUCAAGGACAUAGAGACUGAAUAGUGAAAUCUAUUGUGCAGAGUUGAGGGGAACAAGAUACCCACUGAACUGGGCUUCAUUCCUAUUGGAGCAUGGUGUUCUUUGAUGAACAGGAUAAGAAAAAUAUAGAGUUGGCUAUUACUGUUGACAUACACAUCUCUUUAACGGAUAGUCUGGUUAAAUAUUUGCUGAUCUGUAAAGUAUAGAAAUAUCUGAGAAUAUUAAUAUUACUCAUGCUUGAGCUCUGAGGAUGUCCUGUGUGCAUUAAUAGUUUAAUAUUAGGUAAGGAAUCUGGGAUAUUGUGACAUCUCAUUUAUAAAAGCAUCUCGGGCAGGAAGAAAAUUUUCUUUGAUGGUGAGACUGUUGUCUUAGUUUUAUUUAAUAGUUCAUUUAAUAAUCCUUGAUUACCUGUGAAUAAAGGAACUUUGUAAUUCCUUAUUUCUCUUGUGAGCAUUGCCAUAGUCAGCUUAGGCACUGUUAUUGCAAGUAGCCUUGUUUGCCUAAUGCCAAGGAAGCCCAGGGGAGAGUAGUCUUCCUCUGUUGUGUGUAUAUAUUGAGAUGUGCUUUAUUUUUUUAAUUUUUAUUUUUUGCGUUUGUUAUCUCUAAUGAGCUUUCUGAGCCCUGAUAGUACUUGGAGAGGAGUUGGUGGUGGUAAUCUUGUAUGUUCUCCUCCACACGAGGCUUUCUCAGUUUGGAGGGAAGUGUGGCUAUAGUUAAAGCUGACCUUGGAAUGUGAAUGCUGUUGCAGCACCUGACUCUGUUGCCAUGUGAAUAAUUGAGAUCGAUUUUGGUUCUCUAAUAAAUUUGUGUUUAUUUUUAACUCAUCUGAAUUAGCAGUUGUAGUGGGAGGAGUUUUGUUACCCUUGAUCCUAGCCUGUGUGACUGGCAGUAUAGUAGCAGCCUCUUUUCGAGCAGCUUAGUGAAAACAUGGCUGAAAGGAAUAAAUGCUAUCUGAAGACUGUAUAGAAGAUGGCUUUUGUUCCCAAUGUUAAUAUUUUUCUUCUCAAGCACAUUUCAUUGUUUGCUGAGAGUGGCAGGUAUGCGUCAAAAAUGCUAGGUGUUCUUAUCCUGUAGAGUUGGUACAGGAUAAGGAGUCGUGACAGACGCUUCCUCUUACUUGGUCCUCUUCCCGCUCGCCUCAAACUAGCCCCAAGACAUGGAUUAAUGGUCAGAGUGGGCCUGAGGGCUCCGCGGAAGCCAGGGUGGCAGCCUGUCUCAGGCAUCAGCAGCCCACUCCCUGGGACGGGAUCCUUGAGAGUGCUAGCUUUCUAUUUGGCUAAGUUUUUCCUAGGCCGCACCAUUCCUAACUCCAGGUAGAUAGAUGUCACAACAAAACAAUCUCAAAGUUCUUUGCUUAGAGCACUUUGUUUAUGAUUGCGAUGUUUACAUUUCUCAUUUAAUAAAAGACUUUACUUCAUUCCGUUAAAUUUUAGUGUUUAGAGGGGUGGGCACCGUCUCCAUGUACAAUACGUAUCGUUUUAUAUUAGUUAUACUGUUAUGUCAUGUAUACUUGCAAUGUCAGACCUUGUGUUCAAUACAGAAUGCAAUAGACUCUUUCCAGAGCUGUAUUUUUCAGUAAACAAUAAAAAGAUUGUU